AUGUCGUCCGCGCUUGUCGACGCGAAGGCGCUGUGCAACGACCAGAUAUUGGAUGUGCUUAACCAUCCCAUGUUCACGAUUUUCCAAAUCCAACAUGACCAGAUAGCAGAACGGGUAGACUCUGACAACAAGCUGUUGUACCACUUCAAACAGAGCAUGGCGAAGAUGAGCGAAUGGAACUCCUCGGUCGUGCAUGACUUCUGUGGCAAACUUGUCAAAAAGUUCCCGGCGAUCAACAGGUGCGAGGCGCUCGCCACGGAGAUGAUCAGGCUGACCAGCAAAAUCAUGGACGAGGCUCACGACUCCGAUGGAAGAUACGUCCCGGUGGACUUCGCCUUCCACGACGUCCUGCACUCCUUCAUCGUCGAGUGUAGCAAAGUGUUCAUCGAGCACCCCGAAUGGUUCUCGCAUGGAACCGACUCGACGGAGUACCAGACAUGCCUCAACAACGCCCGCAUUGCCAUGAAAAACAGAGAUGUCGUGUACAAUGCGACCCGAAAGUACGUGAUGUUGACGAACGCCCCCGCGUCUCCUUCUUCCCCAUCGUCAUCAUCAUCAUCAUCGUCGCCAUCAUCACCAUCUCCUUCAUAUUCGUCGUCUUCUGCUCGCCCCUCUCUGAUGUCCAAGUCUUUCGCGAGUGCGGAUCCGGCGUCUGCUUCGGGAAUCUACCUAACGACUGAGAACGAUUCCCAGUCGUGCGCUGGCGGAGGCGAUGGCAGUGGCAACGAAGAAGUGGCCGACCAUCUCGAGAUAACCAAGAACAUAAACGUUGUUACCGGAGACGUGGAGACCGUCGCUGCCCCUUCUCAGACGUUCCAGGAAAACAUGUCCAAUCAUCUGUCAAGCGGUCAUAUCAUGUACCCUGGGAGCAUGAAUUCAAGCUCCGUCUACCCCCAUGUACCCUCCGCCUUCAAUGUCGACAUGCCGAUGCCGAUGCCGGUGGCCAUGCCGCCACUGACUGCGCUUGGGCCGUAUCCACCCGGCGAAAGCUUGUUCCCCUCGCUCUCGGUCCCACCAAAAACUUCUGAAGAUGGUUCUAGUGGACAGAGCUCGGAAGGUGACGACUCUGACGACUCUGACGACUCACUCGACACGGAAGAAGAAGGAGAAGAGGAAGAGGAGUGGGUGGAGGCGGAGGAGGGGGAGGAGGAGGAGGAGGAGGAGGAGGAUAAAGAGGUACGCGGCGACGACCUCGGCACCGACGAAGAUAGUGACACAGAAUACGAGACAGAGUCGUCGGGCUCCGAUUCUUUGCAGUCAGGAGACUCGGUAGAUUUUGAAUCUUCCUCCGGUGAUUCUAGUUCUUCGUCCGAAUCUGAAUCAUGUCAGGAAGCGUCGUACUGCGAAGAUGAUACAGAGACAGGAGAAUCCGCAUCAUCAACCGACGGGGAGUCCGAUGUCGAGAUGGGCGAGACUGACGCUACCUACGACGACGCGGAGUCCGACACCGAAAGCGAAUCAUCUGAGUCUGCAACUGACACCGACACCGGAACUGAAGCUGAAACUGGAAGUGAAUGUGACUCUGACACCGGUACUGAAACUGAAACUGGAAGUGAAUCUGACUCUGACACCGGAACUGAAACUGGAACUGAAAGUGAUACUGAAUCUGAAUCUGAAUCUGAAUCUGAAUCUGAAUCUAGUUCCGGAUCUACGGACAGCGAGUCACUAAUAUCAACUUAA